AUGGUGGAGAGCUCCCACAGGGAAAGCUCUUUCAGCUUGAUGCGGCUGCAAGCAGCUUUGCAGCUAGCUAACUGUGAAGAGCAGGAGUACACACAGGAAAAAGGCAUCUUCAGCCAUGAUUUGAAGAGAUUUACUUCAUCAUCCCUUGAAGGAGAGCACCUCAAGUGGCAGCAUCAAGGGCAAGCUCAUGCGAGAGGCUACUGGCAGAUAGCUACUCUGGCUUUGCUGUUGGGUGGUGCUGCCAUAAUUCUCAUAGCUUUCCUGGUGGGGUUGAUCUCCAUCUGCGUGGGAUCUCGGAGGAGGUUCUACAGACCAGUUGCAGUCAUGCUCUUUGCUGCAGUUGUUCUCCAGGUCUGCAGCUUAGUCCUGUACCCAAUCAAGUUCAUUGAAACAGUCAGCUUGAAAAUAUACCAUGAAUUCAACUGGGGCUAUGGCCUGGCGUGGGGUGCAACUAUAUUUUCAUUUGGGGGUGCCAUUCUUUAUUGCCUGAACCCUAAAAACUAUGAAGACUAUUACUAG